CACGUUUAGGUACAAGCGAGAUAAUACUUACCUUAUCACGCAAAUUUGUGAAUCCAUGUAAUUGAUUUCCUGAAAAAUUAUUCAGUUCACUACCGAGUUUUUUUUGCAGACCGCAUUUUGAGGAAUUUUGUCAAACGAAAUGGAAUUACAUUUUCAAAUAGGUACGAGUAGGUAUAAGUACAUAGUACAUAUAAAUACAACUUGCAUCGAACAUGCUCCAUCAUUACCUAAUCAGAGUUUAAUUUGUUUUUGUGAUCUCGAAUAUCUCAAGUCGGCAAAGUAGUGUUAGAAAUGCUUCGUUUGUGUUUUUUUGUGAUAUUUAUUACUGUUCAAAGUGUGGCAGUUGAACAAGACCAUAACAAGAAUUUGGAUGAUCGUACCAUCUUCAGAGAUCCUCAUCAUCAAUUCAAGAUGGAACAAGAAAUUGUGCAUCAUCGAGUUCCUAGGGGAGUGAUAUGGGAUAAAAAGAAUAGGUGGCCUAGUUCCACAAUUCCUUAUGAAAUCAGCUCAAAGAUCAGUAAGCCGACACGUGAUGAAAUUAAGCGGGGAAUUGCACUUCUGGAAAGCAAAACAUGUUUGAAAUUUAAGCAGAGAACGGGUGGAUGUCGUGAAAAAAGAUUUCUCAGUUUCUUAUUUGGAACGAAACCAUGCAUGCCUGAAGAUUACAUAUUCUUUCAAGAUGAUGACCGUGACUGUUACGCAGAUAUUGGUAGACGAGGUGGCAAACAAAUAAUAAAUGUUGGUGACUGUUCUGAAGCUGUGUUUUUAAUAAUACAUGAAAUCAUGCACGCUUUAGGAUUCGCCCAUGAGCACCAAAGAAUGGAUCGAGACGAAUACAUAGAAGUUCGUUACAACAACUUAAUCGCACGAUAUAAGAGCGAAUUCGAUAAAUUAGAUUCAGAUACAAUGGGAAUACCAUACGAUUUUUACAGUGUGAUGCAUUAUGAUUCAUAUAGCUGGUCCAAAGAUGGAAAUAAACCCGUUUUGGUGCCAAAGGUGAGUAUCGACAAAGUCACUUAG